AUUCAUUGAUUACAUCAUCAUAUAUAUUAUUUCCUCUUGCUCUGACUUUCGUCUUCUUCAACAUCAUCUUCUUCUUUCAUAAUAUAUCAAUAAAAAUUCCGCCGUCAUCACCAAAAUGGCGGCCAUCACCCGCCUUCUCAAACCCACAUCAUCAAUUUCAUAUCUUUUCAGCAGAUCACUUUCCUCCACCACCACCACAAACGCCGUGAUUUCAGAAAUUGAAUCUAACAGACCUAAUUUAUCAGAUCCAAAAGGUUCAAGAAACUUCCAGUGGGUAUUUCUCGGCGUUCCCGGUGUCGGAAAAGGAACUUACGCUAGUCGCUUAUCCACUCUUCUUGGUGUCCCUCAUAUCGCCACCGGUGAUCUUGUUCGUGAAGAAUUGUCUUCUUCUGGCCCUCUUUCCCGUCAGCUUGCUGAGAUAGUCAAUCAAGGGAAGUUGGUUUCUGAUGAAAUUAUAUUCGACUUAUUAUCAAAGAGGCUAGAAGCUGGAGAAUCAAAAGGAGAAUCAGGAUUUAUUUUGGAUGGUUUUCCUCGAACUAUAAGACAAGCUGAAAUCUUAGAUGAAGUGACAGAAAUUGAUUUGGUGGUCAAUCUCAAGUUAAGGGAAGAUGUAUUGGUUGAAAAGUGUCUUGGUAGAAGAAUAUGCAGUCAAUGUGGAAAAGGUUUUAAUGUGGCGUCGAUUAAUGCAAAGGCAGAGAAUGGAAGACCUGGAAUGAGUAUGGCACCACUUCUUCCACCUUCACACUGUGCCUCAAAGCUCAUUACUCGUGCUGAUGACACUGAAGAAGUAGUCAAAGAGAGACUUCGUGUGUACCAUGAAAAGAGUCAACCCGUAGAGGGUUUCUACAGAGAUCAAGGCAAGUUAAUGGAGUUUGAUCUCCCUGGAGGGAUCCCGGAAUCAUGGCCAAAGUUGCUAGAAGCUCUUAACCUUGAUGAGUACGAGGUCAAAAGAUCAGCUGUGGCAUAGAUUAGCUGCUUUCUUCUAUACAAUUGAUCAUUGUUUGCAUGUAUAAUAGGGCAUGCACAGCAAAUUUUGGAUGAAAGAAUAAUGAAAACACACUAUUUUGUUCUUGUUCUUUUGAAAUAACCAAACAUGAGGAACUAUUAUAUGCUUUCAAGUCAUGAUAGCUGUUGAGUUUGAA